AUGGCUAGAAGUUUGGAGGAGUUGUACAUCUUGAAUCGUGCGUCGCUGCGUUUCUUGUUGGCUAAUGAGUCGAAAAAUAUUAUAAGCAAUAAGCCGGUCAGCAAAAAGAUAUCCGAUUGCUUCAAAUCGAACUCGGAAAACGAUGUUUUUAUGGACUCUCUGAACGACGAUCUGACGAAGAACAUCAAAGUGUUGCCAUUGCUAAAUAAGGGAUACCGCGGGAAUAAUUCUAGGAGGGAUAGGAAUUUUUGCUUCCCCGUCGGCUGUGCAGCGGUGCAUCGGAUGAUGUAUUGCGGUGGAAGAAUGGUCGAAGCACCCAUAGUGACGGUGGAGCAGGGCCAGCUGCAAGGCAAGGUGGUCAACAGCCCAGCUGGCAAGGGAUUCUAUAGCUUCCAGGGCAUCCCUUACGCUACACCACCCUUGGGAUCUUUGCGGUUUAAAGCGCCUCUUCCACCACAACCAUGGGAGGGAGUCCGCGACGCCACAGCCGAGGGGAAUGUCUGUGCCCAAAUCGACCAGUUCUACAGCAAGCCCUACGAGGGAGACGAGAACUGCCUCUUCUUAAACGUGUGCACACCGAACCUUGAUGGCGAGUUCCUUCCCGUAAUGGUGUUCAUCCACGGUGGUGCUUUCCUCUUCGGUUCCGGAAACUCGUCGCUAUACGGGGCCGAUUAUUUAGUCGAAAAAGACGUGGUCGUGGUCACCAUCAAUUAUAGGUGUGGAGCGCUCGGCUUUCUAAGUCUAAACACACCAGAGGUCCCCGGAAAUGCAGGUCUUAAAGACGUCGUGCUGGCGCUUAGAUGGAUCAAGCAAAACAUCCACAAAUUCGGGGGUAACUCAGGUAAUAUCACAGUUUUCGGCGAGAGCGCGGGCGCCGCCAUCACAUCUAUUAUUGCGGCUAGCCCGCUCACUAAAGACCUGAUCAGCAAGGCGAUAGUGCAGUCAGGAAUCAUGACCAGCAACUGGGCCAUACAGCAGGACCCCAUAUACAACGCUAAAACUUUAGCUAAAGAGUUAGGCUGCGAAUCGAAUGACGUCGACGAAAUAUUGGAGUUCCUCUCAACGACCCCAGUCAGAGACAUAGUCGAGGCGAACACCAAAAUGAACCCAAUAUCAGCCUUGUUCGAGAAAGAAGAAAUACUUUUCGCACCCGUUAUUGAAAAGGAAUUCCCUGGCGUAGAAGCUGUACUGACUGAGCCCUUCAUGUAUAUAUUGAACUCGGGUAGGCUGGCCAAAGUUCCAAUAAUGGUGGGUACUACAUCCCUCGAGCUGGUGGGAGAUAGGGGUGAUUUGGAUAACUUUGUCCCCAGAGAUCUCGGUAUUGAGAAGGGAUCUGAGGACGCGGAGGCCUUCAAGAACAGAGUGAAAGAAUUGUACUUCAAGGAUGCAGAGGAUCUCUUAACGAGGUCACAGCUGUUGUCCGAUGUCCUUAUAAAUGCGGCGACACAUAGAUUCGUUCGUCGUCUAGUCACAGUGUCAGAUCAACCAGUUUUCUAUUACAAAUUUGAUUAUAUUGGUGAAUUGAACAUAACGAACAAACUGCCAAGCAGUAUGGGCGUAAAGCACGCAGGUCACACGGAUGAGUUAUCCUACAUUUUUAAGAACGACUUUGUGGCAGAUGUGGAACCAACUCCACAAGACCUAACUAUGAGGGAAAGGAUUGUGAGACUCUGGACCAAUUUCGCUAAGACUGGUAACCCGACUCCUGAUGACAACUUCUACCUCGCUGUGAACUGGCUGCCGGCCACCAAAGAUACCCUAUACUGCUUAAAUCUCAGCAACGAGCUCACCCUCCUUGCAAACCCGAACAAAGAGAAAAUGGCAUUCUGGGAAGACCUCUACAUGAAAUUCUACAAACCAGUCUCCCGAAGAAGCGCCAGCACCGAAAUUCUAGUGAAGAAGGACGAAGUUGAUUCUACACCGGUCAUUGUCCAGGAGACGGUCAUACAAACUAUAGUGAACGACGAACCCGUCCAAAAUAUAGUUGUCGUCGAAGAGACCACUGCGACCAACCUCGCGGACUUCGAGAAGAAGGUGGAGGAAAUACAACACGCGAUGGACGAUGCGCUGGCGCAGAGCAACGGUUCGGUCGUGGUGGUGGAGGAAAAAGUGACGGAGACUAGGGAAAACUCGCUCAGUAAACUCAUAGAGAACUCGCAAGGAGAGGAGAUACGCUCUGUACGUGACAUCAUGACGAUAUACAAAGAGAACGGCGUCGAGGAACACAAGCUGAACGGGAACGGCGCCGUCCACAAAGUUCGCCCCUCCAACGAAAUCAAAAUGGUACAAAACAACUCCACCAACCCGAAGGACGUGAUCCGCGCUAACGACCCUCCGGAAGACGACCUCCCAAAAAACAUUGGCGUCAAUAAAUUCGUCAACUUCUUCGAAUCACUCGGGAAGAAGUGA